UUGCUCCUCCAGUGUCACUGCAGCCGGAAGCCGGCUGAGAAAGGACCAAGCGUGCUUGGCCGGCGGCUGUGUGGGAGAGCGGCGGAUCGAAGCCGGACAUGGCGUUGCUGCUGCUGAGCGAUCUGUGGACCGAGAGCCCCGUGGAGGACAAGAUUUUCUGCUCCGUGCUGCUCUUCUCCUGGGCGGUCUAUCUGUGGGAGGCCCUGCUCGCCUGGCGGCAGCGGACUGUCUACAAGACAACCACCCACGUCCCAAUGGAAUUAGGGCCGAUCAUGGACUCAGAAACAUUUGAAAAAUCCCGUCUUUACCAAUUAGAUAAAAGUGCAUUCAGCUUCUGGUCAGGACUGUACUCAGAGUUAGAGGGCACGGCAAUUCUUCUUUUUGGAGGAAUUCCUUUUCUUUGGUCUGUAUCUGGAGAACUUUCAAAUCGUGCUGGUUUUGGACCCGAAUAUGAGAUUGUCCAGUCAUUGGUGUUCCUUUUGCUUGCUACACUUUUCAGUGCGGUGACAGGUCUGCCCUGGAGCCUCUAUAAUACUUUUGUCAUUGAGGAAAAGCAUGGUUUCAAUCAGCAGACCCUGGGAUUCUUUUUUAAAGAUGCCAUCAAGAAGUUCAUUGUGACGCAGUGUAUUCUCCUGCCGGUGACCUCGCUCCUGCUUUAUAUCAUCAAAAUGGGCGGAGACUAUUUCUUCAUCUAUGCCUGGUUUUUCACUUUAAUUGUUUCCUUGGCUCUUGUCACAAUUUAUGCUGACUAUAUUGCUCCGUUGUUUGACAAAUUCAUUCCACUUCCCGAAGGAGAGCUGAAGCAGGAGAUUGAGGCAAUGGCAAAGGAUAUAGACUUCCCGCUCACCAAAGUUUACGUUGUGGAAGGCUCCAAACGUUCUUCCCAUAGCAAUGCUUAUUUCUAUGGUUUCUUCAAGAACAAACGUAUUGUGUUGUUUGACACUCUCCUGGAAGAUUAUUCCGCCCUCAACAAAGAGCAUUCCGAAGAGCCUGCUGUGGACACGCAGGUAGCUGGAGGAAAUGAGGGAGGACCCGAGACAAAGGCGAAAACCAAAAGUAAGAAGCAAGGUUGCAAAAAUGAAGAAGUUUUGGCUGUGCUGGGACAUGAGUUGGGACACUGGAAACUUGGCCACACCAUUAAAAAUAUUGUCAUUAGCCAGAUGAACUCCUUCUUAUGUUUCUUCUUAUUUGCGGUGUUGAUUGGUCGAAAGGAGCUUUUUGCUGCCUUUGGAUUCUACGAAACCCAGCCUACCCUGAUAGGCUUGCUGAUCAUCUUUCAGUUUAUUUUCUCACCUUACAAUGAGGUGCUUUCCUUUUGCUUGACUGUAUUAAGCCGGCGAUUUGAAUUUCAAGCCGAUGCAUUUGCCAAGAAACUCGGAAAGGGAAAAGAUUUGUAUUCUGCAUUGAUCAAGUUGAACAAAGAUAACCUGGGAUUCCCCGUUUCAGACUGGUUAUUUUCAAUGUGGCAUUAUUCUCAUCCUCCACUGUUAGAAAGACUUCAAGCACUGAAGGAAACUAAACAGGACUGAGGGGAAAAGAACUGAGGAAGCCCAGAGGAGAAACCUACUCUCCCCAAAUUGAGUUUCCAGGUGUUUGUUUUUUUUUAAAAAGAAGUAUAUACCCUAUGCCCAUUUCAUUCCUAAACACAGCAUCCUGCAUAGCUCUGCGCUGUUCACUUGAUUUGAAACAACCUCCCCGAAGUCCUGUUUCUGACUAACACAUGAAUUGUAAUCAGGAGUUGAGGGAGAAGUGUAACGUGUAACAUUUACCUUAAUCACAAAGCCGUGCUUGAAAGGAAAAAUAAUUUGUCGCAACCGACAUGUCCAUGCUUGAAUCUGUGAAAGCUUUGAAUGUGACUUUUGUACCUUUUAAGCAUUUUGCCCAGAUGUUCUUUAAGACAGUAUGGGAAACUCUUACUCAUCUGUGGCAGGACUGGAGGAUAAAGAUCUGAAAAAUAAUUUUUGGACCAUUGGGAUUUGACAUUUCUAAACCCAAUCGCUAUCCGGAUGGGAACAGUGGAACUUCCUUCCACAAUUCAAGUUCUUAUCUGCAAUGAAAUUACAGAGGUGAUGAAAACAUCUCUUUCCCCCAAUAGGGGAAACAGAAAAUAAACAGAAAAUAAAUUACAAAUUAUAUAGAUCUUA